GGGGCGGGGUCCAGCACUGCGCGUGAUGCUGAGGGCCCUGCCUUUACUACUCUUCCCCGAGCAGCUUCCUCUUCACGGUCAGACUUAAGCCAGGUCCCUUGCAGCGCACCAGUACCGGGGACGGAGGCCCCUUGGACCGCUAACAGGGCGCAGAACUGAGCCGAGGUCACACCACCGCGUUCGCGCUCAGUGCUCGUGCCGAGGGGAUAAUGGCAGCUAACUGUGUCCUCCUGCACACUGGGCAGAAGAUGCCCCUGAUUGGAUUGGGCACCUGGAAGAGCCAGUCUGGUGAGGUAAAAGCUGCUGUUAAGUAUGCCCUGAGUGUAGGCUACCGCCACAUUGACUGUGCUGCCAUCUACGGCAAUGAGACUGAGAUUGGGGAGGCCCUGAAGGAGGAUGUGGGACCCGGCAAGGCAGUGCCUCGGGAGGAGUUGUUUGUGACUUCCAAGCUGUGGAAUACUAAGCACUACCCCGAGGAUGUGGAGCCUGCCCUGCGGAGGACGCUGGCUGACCUCCAGCUGGAGUAUCUGGAUUUGUACCUGAUGCACUGGCCUUAUGCCUUUGAGCGGGGAGACAACCUUUUCCCUAAGAAUGCUGAUGGGACUAUCCGCUAUGACUCCACCCACUACAAGGAGACUUGGAAGGCUCUGGAGGCACUGGUGGCUAAGGGGCUGGUGCGGGCAUUGGGACUUUCCAACUUCAAUAGUCGGCAGAUCGAUGAUGUGCUCAGUGUGGCCUCUGUGCACCCAGCUGUCCUGCAGGUGGAAUGCCACCCAUACCUGGCUCAGAAUGAGCUGAUUGCCCACUGCCAAGCACGCGGCUUGGAGGUGACUGCUUAUAGCCCUCUGGGCUCCUCUGAUCGUGCUUGGCGUGAUCCUACCGAACCUGUCCUGCUUGAGGAUCCAGUGGUCCUGGCACUGGCUGAAAAGUAUGGCCGAUCUCCAGCUCAGAUCUUGCUCAGGUGGCAGGUCCAGAGGAAAGUGAUCUGCAUCCCCAAGAGUAUCACACCUUCCCGUAUCCUUCAGAACAUCCAGGUGUUUGACUUCACUUUUAGUGCAGAAGAGAUGAAGCAGCUUGGUGCCCUGAACAAAAAUUGGCGAUACAUUGUGCCCAUGCUUACGGUGGAUGGGAAGAGGGUCCCAAGAGAUGCCGGGCACCCUUUGUACCCCUUUAAUGACCCAUAUUGAGACCACAGCUUGCUGACUUUAGCUUUCCAGCUAUGAGGUCCUGCCAUCCCCAGAAAGAGGGACUUAAUAAAGCUAUUGGAAUUUAUACCUGUA